AAGCUUCAAGCAAUCACGCGCUGUGCGUGCCUGCCAGAGCGUUCAACAGGCCAGUCGAAGCAUCAAGAUGGUCAAGGGAUCUGGUGGACGAGGCAAGCAAAAGUGGGUUCCUAAAGGAUCCGAGAAGGAGGUGGAGAAGGAAGGGAAAGAAAACGAGGAGGGUACUGAAUCUACAGGACCGAAGUACGAUCGUCAUCAGCUUCUAAGGACUCGCACUGGCAAGGAUGAUGGCGCUUUGAUGGUGUUGCAAGAAGCCAACACGGGCGAGGCAAAGGAACUUCACUAUGGUCUGGAGGCCAGACCAGAAGAUGAGGGCACGGGAAAGAGCAAGGCCAAGCAAAGAAGCAACAGCAUGCUGGACGAAGCUGCAGAAGGGCCAUCGGGGCAGCCUGUGCAACUACACCAGGAGCUUGCAGACUCAACACCAUCAGCUGGAGCUGACCCAGCCCUGAUGACGUACGUGCAGAAUAUGAUGACUGCUUUUGGAGUUUCAGCAAUGUAUGGGCCUAUGGGCUAUCCAGGCUACACGACUGUGAUGCUGCGGAACAUUCCAAACCGUUAUACUCGAGACAUGCUCAUCAGUCGUCUUGACAAGGGCUAUGAGGGCGAGUACGACUUCGUGUAUCUGCCCAUUGACUUCAGCAGCAGAUGCAAUGUGGGCUAUGCCUUCAUCAACUUCAGGACUCCACCAGCUGCCCAGCGGUUCAUUUCGGAGUUUCAUGGAGCAAAAACCAAGCAUUGUCUGCCUGGUUUCGGCAGUGCCAAAAUUGCAGAGGUCUCGUAUGCACGAGUGCAGGGACGAGAGCAGAACAUGGAUAAUCUUCGAGAUGAGAAGUUUAUCGAGAAGCUGAACGACAGGCCAGACUGGCAGCCUCUCUUUCUGGAUGAUGCGGGCAAGGAAAUUCCAUUCAGCAAGGCAUUUGGAGGUGAAAGAAAGCGAAGCAAAAAGGCUGCGACUCCGAAUUACAUCCCUCCGACAACACCAACAGGCUUCAUGAGACCUCCGCCGUACUUCCCUGUGUACCCAUCAUUUGGCGCCGUCCCGCCAGCCCCGCCAACCACGCUUGCAUCAGUGUUGCCGUCCGCUUCAAAAGAAACUCUGCUUAUGCUCAGGGGAGUUCCAUUGGCGUACACCCGUCAGCAGCUUCUCGAUAAAUUGAAGAGCAAAUAUGAUGCGGCCUUCAAUUUCCUGUACUUGCCAAACAAGACUGAGCCCAAAGGCAAUCGUGGCUUUGCCUUCAUUAACUUCAACGAUGCACAAAAAGCAAAAGACUUUACGGAGGAUUUUGCAGGCAAGACCAUGAAGGACUGCUUCCAAGUUGAGGGAGAGGAGGACAAGGCUUGUGAGGUGCAUGUGGCGCGAAUGGAGAGCUUGGAGAGAAGCAUUGAGCGCCUGCAGACACAGGUUCUGUCAGAAGAGGAGAGCAAAGAAGGGUCCUCUUGGCUUCCAGUCUUGAUUGGGGCAGAGGGCGAGGUCCAACCUUUUCCGACACUAUCAGCAGCAGAAGGAGCAGCGAGUGCGCGCAAGGCAAAGCCAGCAGAACAGAAAGCAGAAGAUGCUCCAGAGAAAGCUGAAGCUGAUCCGAAGCCGAAGGCGAAGCCGAAGGACAAGAAGGCAGCCAAAGACGCGACUCCGGCAUCAUAUGGCUACUCAUAUCCAUAUGGAAUGCCAUACAUGGGCUUCCCUGGAUAUCCAGGUUAUGCUCCUCCUUAUCCAGGCUAUCCAGCCGCCACUUAUCAGACCUAUGCGCAAAUGGCUGCAGCGCAGACCCGCGCACUUCAAGGCAAAUCGAAAGGCCGAAAAGGAGGAGAGAAGGGUUUCUACCCAAAUGUCCUGGAUACUAUGGCAGCAGCAGUGAACCUCAAGGAAGGUGAUGAGCAGCUCACUCCUGAAAGUCGAGAGAAGCUGAAGCAUCAAGUUGAAUUCUACUUCUCCACAAACAAUCUGUGCAAGGAUCUCUUUCUGCGACAGCACAUGGAACCCGAUGGUUGGACUUCCCUUGAGCUGAUCGCGCAGUUCCCCAUGGUGAGAAAGUUCAAAGUGUCAAUCGCAACUUUGAUCGAGGUCCUUACGCAGUCAGACAUGUUCGAAAUCGACCAAGAUGCCCGCAAAUUGAGGUUGGCAGAUGAGAAAGAAAGAAGGAAGUGGGCCCAAGCACCAGCUUUUGACGGCCACAUUUUAUGACACUGUCGGCAACUGUCUGCAAGGUCCCCACGGAAUACAAGACCCCAGCGUAGGGGCCUUGCACUAGCUUCUGUAGCUUCUGGCACGUUGUACAGCCGACAGACGCAGCUUCCUUGCCCGUACGGAUGUCCAUGCAGGGCGAUCCUUCGGCUUCCCUAAAGAGCGAGGCAAAGCGAGUCUUCCAUUAUGCCAAUGUCGCCCUGCGCAUCGCAGUGUCCUGGUGCACGCCCAGGGCCUUUGAAGACUUGGUCUGUGC